CUUUAGAGCUGGGAAAACCCGUGAACGGCAACGACGUAGCACGCAGCUCAAGAUCUGACGAGCAGCAGCAAAACCAUUCUCGCCGUAUCUCUAGCCAGAAUCUCUAGACAUGGCCUUUUUUGGAAUCAGCUUCGUCAUGGGAGAAGAAAUCACCGCUGUGGUUAUUGGAGUGGUUGCCGUUAUCAUAUCUAGCGUCAUCAUCACUAUUGUCCGCCUAAGGAAAAAUAGAAGCAACAACGAUCUGCUAACUGACAAAUUUGAAACAACGGGAUGUCGUUGGUUUAUAAUUCGACUUCCAUUCGAUGUCCCUCGCAUCUCAUUGAUCAUUUUUGUAUUGAAGUCUGUAUCACAUCAGUCUGACAACACUUUUGAUCAUCUCGUUCCCAUUGCAAUCGCUGCAGCUGCGCUAGACGUCAUCGUCUUCACACUCUAUUUGCUCUGCAGAUUUAAAUGCGCUUGGUCUGGACCGAUUUUCAAAGAACAAGCAAAAGCCUAUCUUUUCUACUCGUUGACACUUGGAUUUCCAUACGGGACGGCAACAAAGAUACUCUGGUUGCUGUAUCUACAAGGAGUAACUAACAUAUCGCGAGAUUACAUCCCUAUUCCAUACUUGAUUGAAAUGGCAAUGGUGACUGUUGCAAUUGUGGUGCGCCAAUUUUCACGACUAGUCAAAGGGUCGUCGUCAUGUCGUAUGAUUGCCGCCGGAGUAUGUCUCCUGGGAUUGCUUACUUACGUUGGCUUCUUUUGGGCGUCUGCUUUCUCUCUACUAUACCACGCCGGCUUCUACAAAUAUCCGACCAUUUUUCACACCGACUACUGGAUGGUUCGUCUUUUUUCUUUAUGGAGCAUUGCAGCUGUUGCAAUUGUGUAUGAAAUUUCUAGUAUUUUGUUGCUUGUUUUGAAAGUUUGCCUAGAAGACGUGCCACCGAAGAGCUCACGAUACCAUUUCGAACGAAUUCUUUUCAUGAUUCCAGACCUCUGUCUGCUUCUCGGAUACGUCACUAGUGCUCUUGUUCUCACCGUUCAAGCGGAUAGUUUAACUGAUGGCAGCAAGGUGCAGAUGCUAGACAUCAUUAUGCUAGUCGUCUUUACUGAAUCUUCAUGUUUGGGGUUCGUUAUGCUCGCUGGAGCAUUCACAAUGUGUCCUUCGAAAUCAAACAAAAUACAUGAUGUGCAAGACGUCAAGCUGGAUUCGAUGAUAACGGACAGUCGUACACGUUGUGAGACUGAUACUCCUACUAAACCACCAGCAUCGUCAUCAGAAGUUGAUAAGUCAGACAACGCAACUGAUUCUUCGUCAUACGAGGUUGAGAGUUUUCCUGAGCCGCUGGAGCAGUUGCAGAGUCGGAGUCGCGAUGAAAAGACGGACAGUUUGGCAAGUCAGUAUGUCAAUGUCCCGGGAUUGCGAUGACAAGAUGGCACUAGAGUUGUCUUUGUGGCGUGGCAGUGACACGCUAAGUAGGUUGUAUUGGACAACUACUGAUGAGUAGCAUCGUGCCUCUAGGUACAGGGUAAAACACAAUACCGCUGUCUAGGUUUGCUGUUUGCACUGAUAAAUUGUAGAUAUGUCUAGAUGUAUACACCUGAGAAAGGUCUCUAGAUAUAUUAGUGUCUCGACGUAUACACCUGAAAAAGGGCUUUAUACGUAUACAUUAGUGUCUCGAGACGUGAGCACGUUCUGCUGGAUAUUUAUA